AUGGAGGACGUCACUACCUCAACUGAAACAGUAGGCGCACUAUUGGAUGAAUCAUUGUCGACUGUUGCCGAGCCAAACGAUGAAAGGAAAGAGUUUGUCGAGAGGAUUCAAUCUGAAGUUAAACAAGCUCUUACUCAAGGAAUGUUUGGAGAUACUAAACUCCGACAAAUAAUUGAAAAAGCCGAUAAUCAAAAUGAAACGACUUUUCAACUGCUUCAACAACAAAGAUAUGCCACAAAAUUUCCACUUCUCCUUGGGUUUUGCCAUCUCUACGGUUUUUGCGGUGCGAAAAAAGAUGCCGAACUAGCAUUUCAACAUUUUCAACUUUCAGCAGAACACCACGAUCCAUUCGGCCAAAAUCAACUUGGAAAGUGUUAUCAAAACGGUUGUGGUAUUCCGAAAGAUAAAGAAAAGGCAUUUCAUUGGUAUGAGAAAGCCGCAAACGCCGGAAAUUCUGAAGGUCAAGACAACUUGGGUUGGUGCUAUCAAAAUGGGUUUGGUGUUUUAAGCAGCAAAGAAAAGGCACUUUAUUGGUAUGAAAAGGCCGCCAAGUCCGGUUAUCAAAAUCGCUUUGAAAAAAAUAACCCAUCACAUUGGAUGUCACGUUGGAAAGUUCUCGAUGAAGGUUUGCCGCCGUUAGGAUAUGGUCACACUAAAUGUUUUACAUGCAAAGAAUCUCCCCGUAGAUUUCCAAAUGAGGCUAGUCGGCGAGAAUACACUGAAGUGUCCGGCAUAUGCCCUGCUUGUUUGGAGAUUGGGCUUCUCGAAUCUUGUGCCCCUGAAUAUGAUAUUGAACAUGCGCGUAAAGUUUUACUCUUUUAUAACCGCAAGUUAUACAUUCAAGAAUACCCGCCACACUCUUGGGAAUGUCUAAAGUGCAAUAAGUAUGUUCAGGGAGAAAAGACUCGGAUGCCUCAUUAUUGCCUAACUAAUGAAGAUUUAAAAACGUGUUUAAAAUGUGCAAUAAGGCAAAAAUUGUCAAAAGAAAGACUGGAAAACGCACAAACAAAAUUGCAUCGAUCUAAAUAA